AUGGGGAAAGCGAUAAGGUGGUUGAAGGCAUUGUUUGGAUUUAAAAAAGAGAAAAAUCUAAAACAGGAAUCAAAUUCCGGUGACCGGAAAAACAAGAAUCCGUCAUGCAUCCGUCGCUCUGGUAGAAACCCCACCAAUUCUCCGGUGAAGUCUCCUUUGCAGACACCACUUUACAACAACGUCAACCACCAUUCCGACGAGCAGAAUAAACGUGCAAUUCAAGUAGCCACCGCCACCGCGGCAGCAGCUGACGCCGCCGUUGCUGCCGCCCAGGCAGCCGUCGCCUUCGUCAGACUCACCAGUCAGAACAGACUCACCACCGCAAGGGAGCAUGCUGCCGCCAUUAAAAUCCAAGCUUUCUUUCGUGGAUUUCUGUCGAGGAAAGCAUUGAAGGCUUUGAAAUCGCUGGUGAAGCUUCAAGCAGUUGUUAGAGGUUAUUUAGUGAGGAAAGAAGCAGCUGCAACUCUUCAAGGAAUGGAAGCUUUGUUGAGAGCACAAUCCAGUGUUUGUGCUCAAAGAUUUCGUCGUCAAGAUGAUAAAUUUCAUCCAAGAAGAUCGAUUAAGAGGGCUAAUGAGGCAAGAAGCAAAAGGAUUUCGGCUUCUUUACAAAUCCCUAGUGACGGAAGACUCAGUUGUGUGGAGGUUGGCCCUGAAGAACCUAAAUCAAGGUUAACCAGGGCCAACACAUGGGCUUGGACUCCCGACUCAGGAACCCAAACCCCAUACCACCUUGCAAUACCUAACCAUCAUGAGUUCGAGCCUCGGUUCUCCACAACACAGAACACCCCUCGGUUCGCAUACUCCUGUGGACCAUACGGGUUCUAUGAGGGCGUUUCGAAGGACGACUCUUUCGCAAGCCACCCGGGAUACAUGGCUAACACCAAGUCUUUUAGGGCUAAGGUGAGGUCCCAUAGUGCACCAAAGCAAAGGCCAGAUUUUGGGUUUGGGGUGGUCAAGAAGAGGGUUGAGGUGGAAUGUGGUCCAAGAAUGGAAAAGUCAAAGUCACCUUCACUUUUGGAAGUCAACAAUUUCAAGAAUUUUGUGAUGAGUCGGAUUGGAAAGUCUUCGUAUGUUUAA